GGCUAAUCAAUCUGUGUCGUCGAGGCUCAUUGAGCGGCCCAGCGUGGUUCGUGACGCCCUUGUUUUGGUGAGGCACCCUUCAUUUGGGGAGCGCGCGUGUAACCAAAUCCACCGACCCCCCGUCGUUUAUCAUCGCGUCACAACAAGUAACAGUACCCCCGUGUUUCUUUCUAACCCACUGCCCGAGUUUAAACAAAGGCAUGGGGGUUAAUCUGGAACUGGGCUGCUAUAUAAAGGAGAGGGACCCGGGACCUGACACACAAUCACCGAGAGCCCCGCACAAGGUUGUAGGUUUUCAAUUCGCCGCGAAAAUGACUGUUUGGUGCGACUUCUGCAAAAGUCACCUCAGCUCUCCCUGCUCCCUGCACCAGUCUUCUGAAGACAUCAGCAACGGAGCCUGCAAGACAUCCAGGUCCACCCGGUCCACCAAGGGGGCGUCCAAGGUGCGUCGGGACCUCCUGAACGCGGAGAUCCGGAGCAUGCGGGCCCUACUGCCCCUGCCCCGGGAGGAGCAGGAGCGCCUCUCCUACCUCCACACCAUGGCGGCCGUCUGCACCUACAUCAGGAAGUCCGUGGUCCUCCAGGGUUUGCCGGUCAGACAGGGUCCUGGCUCCACUCCCCCCUACGAGACCUUCCUGCCAGCCCUGCACGGCUUCAUCCUGGUGCUCGGCGCCCAGGGGAAGCUGGUCUACGUUUCGGAAAAUGUAGCUGAAUAUCUGGGCCACUCUAUGGUGGACGUUCUUCAGGGAGACACGGUCUACGACAUGAUUGAACGCUCCGACGUCGACACAGUCAUGGCUCAGCUGGAGUCUGACAACAACUCGUCGACAGAGAGGAGUUUCGUAUGUAGCAUGCAGACCACCAAGGCGUUCCGGCUCAAACAUGGCCACUGCUGCUCCAUGCUCGUCAGAGGCUGCUUCCAAUCGGCUUCCAGGUCUCCCUCCCUCCCUGUCCCUACGGAGUCCUCGUCCGGGGGGGAGCGCGUCUUCGUGGCCCUCUGCACCCCCACAGUGGACCGCGUUCAGGGCCCCGAGACGGGCCCCCUCGGCCCCUACUUCAGCAGCGUCCACAAACCGGAUCUGAGCUUCACUCACGUCUCUGACAGCGUGGUUUGUUAUCUGGGCUACACGGCGGAGGAGAUGUCUGGACGUUCCUGGUACGCUGGUCUCCACCCCCAAGACCUGAAGAGGGCCGUAGACGCUCAUCUAAGUUUAGUGGAGGCAGAUGAAGGCAGAGAGGUGGAGAUGGUGUUGAGGCUCCAGCACAAGGAUCUGACCUGGACGUGGGUGUACACCCGAGCCACCAACCAGGGCGACAGCCAGAGCAUCCACUGCACCAACCACAUCAUCAGCGAGAGCGAGGCUUUCUAUCUCGUAAAGAAGAUCCAGAGCGAUACCUCCGGGCGGUCGUUAGCCGAGGCCGAACUCUGCCCUCCACAAGCGGUGGACGUCCCCCAGCCUGGGAGCCGGCGCCGCGGCCCGGCGCGGGGCUUCAGACGGCCGAGCGGCUCCGACAGCCGAGGCGAGGAGCCCGCCGCCAAGACGAGGCGCUGGGCGGAGGGCGGGAGGGGGGGGCGAGACGUACACCGCGCGGCGUGUGUCUCCUCCUCCCCCCGCGCCGGCCCCGACGCCUCGACCGUCGCCAUGGGAGACAGCCUCCUGCGGUUCACCCCGCCGCACAGCCCCGCCCCCUCCGUCGGCUCCCUGGGCAGCGAGGAGCCGGGCUGUGACUUCCUAAUGGAUUUACACGGCUGCUCUGAUCCGUCAGCCUCCUCCCCAGAGAGCUCGCCCUCCUAUUACCCGUACCUCGACAGCCUGGGCCCCUUCCCCCACACGUCCCCCUACGGCCCCCUCGACACAGUCUCCCCGCGGGCCUUCGAAGGGGACUCUCUCGGCGUGAACGCCUCCCCCCUCGCGGAGCUCCACUUAUCGCCCCGCUACAGGUCCGGGGCAGGCUGUGCGGCCGGCACCCGCCUGGUCCCAGACUGCCUCUCCCUGCCUGAUAUGCUGGGCGGCCCGGAAGACUUCUACACCCUGGCCCAGGCGGACCUGGCCCUCCUGGAGCUGCCACCAGGGGGCAGCGCCUUCCAGACGCAUCACGUCCCGCCCGGCCUGCUCACGCCGUCCCCCUCGCCCACGUCGCUCGGCUCGUUCCAGUACGACUGCGACUGGGAGCACGCCGAGAUCAGCAUCCUGGCCCAGCAGAUCUCCUCCCUGGCCAACACCUUCGACCUGUACGGCGUUCCCGGUCGGGGUCAGGGCUCGGAGACGGAGAUCCCGCACUGGUCAGAGAAUCCCUCUCUCCCGGCAGCAGCAGCAGCAGCUCAGCCUUUCAAGCAGCACGAGCUGGUUCUGGACGACAGCGUGUUCGACAGCCUCCUGAAGGAGCUGGAAGUCGAGGACCCACGGGAGGCCUGCACCAUUCCCUGCGCCGGAACCGGAACCACAGUCUCCCAGUGUUCCCAGCCCGGCCAGGGUGAAAUGGCUCUGCUGCACCAGGGGAGCCCCGCCACCGGAGUCGGGCUCGCCACCGUGGCGGACCCCUUAACCCUGGAGCCGUUCAGCAUGGGCCACGCCUCUGUGGAGCCCUGGCUGGGAGGCCCCCAGCAGAGCCCUGGGAGGCAUCAGCUCGACUGCUACAUACAGCGGAACGAUUCCCUCCCCCCCUGUCAGCACGUAGCCACCGCCAUAGAUGGGCCAGGGUCUGUCUACGUUGCGUCGCUGUGUGAAGAGUACAGAUAUUGA